ACUCUCACUUAUCACCUAUAUAUAUUUCGAAGUUUUGUUCACCUCUUUUAGCAUUUUCAUCUGAGUCUUGGUUUUACAAUUUCCUUCGGCAAAACUCGCCUUUAGCACCAAUAAUCCUCUGGUGCUCUUCUUGAUUUUUUAACUUCGUUGAUCUUCUGUUUCUCUUCCUCCCCAAGUUUAAAUUCAAUUUUGGGCUUUAUUGAUUUUCUUCAUUAUAAUCUUGUUUUGGCUCAAACUAUUGAUCCGGGUUUUCUUUCUCAAUUCUUGAAAAUUGACUACUUUUCUCAGUUGAAUUCAAUCUCAAAUUUAACGUUCUUGAUUGUGUAUACCUGGUUCAGAUUUUUUAUUUUUCAUUCUCAUUUUACAUCAAAUCUUUGCUAGGUUUUCUGGCUUUCAGGCCUUUAAAAUUUGUCGGUAUUAGUUUUGCGGAUCCUCUCUCUCCGUUAAUCAUGCAGGCACAGCGUUUUGAUGCAGGCAGUGAUGCCAUUGGUGUUUGGCCUCAAGUCCCAAUGAACAACGAUCAAUUCGACAUGCAUUCACAACCGUUCAAGAGGGCUAGAAACUCUGAGGAUAAUCAAUCCAGCGCCUUGCCCUGCCCGCCAAUGAAUUCUAGGAUGAACUCCCCAAUUCCUCAAGUCAAUAGAGGGACAAGCAACAUUUUCUUUAAGACUAAGAUGUGCACAAGUUUUAUGGCGGGUAUGUGUAGCAAGGGUGCCGAUUGUAAGUAUGCUCAUGGUAUUGAAGAUAUGCGGCAACCUCCACCCAAUUGGCAAGAACUUGCUGGUUUACGUGGUGGGGAAGAUCGAUCAACUGGACAUUGGGAUGAUGACCAGAAGAUCAUCCACAAGAUGAAGCUAUGCAAGAAGUUUUAUAAUGGGGAGGAGUGCCCUUAUGGGGAGAGGUGUAAUUUUCUUCAUGAAGAUCCGGCGAAGUUUAGGGGUGAUUCGGGGAGAUUUAGGGAUAGCUCGGCAAUAAGCAUUGGAACUAACGAAUCAUCUGUAGUUCAUGGAGCAGGCUCUAAUCAGUCUGAUACUGGUAGGCCUCUGAACAAUGGUUCGGAUGCGGUCCGGCCAAAUACGAAGCCGUAUUUGAAGACAAAGAUAUGUAACAGUUGGGAGAGAGGCCAAUGCCACUACGGUGACAAAUGCCACUUUGCUCAUGGGCAAGCAGAGCUGCGGGCACCCAUUGAAGGGGAAGCAUCAAGUAUGGGCUUCAUCCCUAUUUCAGCCAAACCUCAAUAUGUUCCUCUUCGUGAUGCAUCUCCUCCAAAAACAAGAAUUCUGCCUACUUCAACUGAAGAAGGGCGGGGACAGAAAAGUUUACUGAAGUGGAAAGGAUUCAAGAAGAUUGAUCGCAUCUAUGCUGAUUGGCUUGAUGAUGUGCCGCUAGCGCAACACCUGCCAAGCAAAGUGGAAAGCUGAGCUCAGUUCUUGUAUAGCAGCAGCUUCUCAUUUGGAUUAAGAAAUUUAAAGACUCACGCUUCUAAGUUUCAAAAUUUUGGUCUUUAGAAUAAAUUUUAGUCUUUUCAAAGCCUCUUAUGGCUACAGAAUUCCCUCUUUCUCAAGUAUUUGGUCAUUGGUGGUCAGGAUCAGGUUGAUUGGUUGGUUUGUCAUUACUUUUCUUCUUUAUAAAGCAUAUUUUCUUCUAAAAAAUGAUAUGUGAAGUACAGUUUGAUUACUGGAAGCAGCUAUUGUCAUUAGAACAUUAAAUAAGAGUCCUUGAUGGUUCAAA